UUCCGCCCAGGUGAGGGGAGGGGAGGUGCUCCUGCCUCCUGGAGCCCCACCUUUCCCGGUCCCUGGGCCAGCACCCGCCUCGCGCACUCACUCUUCGGGACCGAGCAGAUUUCUCUGGUUGUUUGAAGAGAACAGUUCAAGAUGCCUGAAAAUCCUGCAGCAACUAAGCUGCAGAUCCUGCAGGUCCUUGACCGUCUGCAAAUGAAAUUGCACGAAAGGGGUGACACCUCCCAGAAUGAGAGACUUGCCUUGUUUUAUGAGACACUGAAGAGCCCCCUCUUCAACCAGAUACUCACGAUUCAGCAAUCCAUCAGACAGCUGAAAGGACAGCUUAGCCACAUUCCUUCAGAUUGCCUGGCCAACUUUGAUUUUUCAAGGAAAGGAUUGCUUGUGUUUACUGACAGCUCAAUUGCUAAUGGGAAUGCCCACACAGCCUUUAAUAACUCAGCUGCAGUGUUUCCUUGGACCCCAAGAUCAGGAAAUGAGGAAUUUAACUCUGUCAUCCAACAGAUGGCACAGGGCAGACAGAUCGAAUAUAUAGAUAUAGCAAAGCCGUCCACCGGAGGCCUGGGAUUCAGCGUGGUCACCGUGAGAAAGCAAAACGCUGGAGGUGUUGAUCUCUUUGUGAAGGAAGUCCAGCCGGGAAGCAUAGCAGACAGGGAUCAACGAUUAAAGGAAAAUGACCAGAUCCUGGCCAUCAAUCACACCCUCCUGGACAGGAACAUGACCCAUCAACAGGCUAUUGCUUUGCUCCAGCAAUGCACGGGAUCUCUGUGGUUGGUGGUCGCCAGGGGAUCAAGACAAUGGCCCGGCCAAAGUUCCACUAACCUGAGUAAUGCUAACCCUCCAGAGAAGAUUUGCUGGGGUCACGUUGAAGAUGUCGAACUUAUUAACGAUGGCUCCGGCUUAGGUUUCGGCAUUGUCGGCGGAAAAUCAAGUGGUGUCGUUGUGAAGACGAUUGUUCCUGGAGGACUGGCCCAUCGGAAUGGGAAGCUUCAAACAGGGGACCAUAUUUUGAAGAUUGGUGACACAAACGUGCAAGGGAUGAGCAGUGAGCAAGUUGCUCAAGUCCUGAGGAAUUGUGGAAAUUUGGUGAGGAUGGUGGUGGCGAGAGACCCCACUGGGGAAAUUUCUGUGACUCCCCCAACCCCACCAACCUUGCCUGUUGUUACGCUACCAUCUGUGCCUCCUUGCAGUCAGAGCUCUGUUGAUGCCUCUCUUUUUGAUACCUAUGAUGUUGAACUCACUAAAAGGGACGGCCAGAGUCUCGGCAUUACAAUCAUUGGGUAUGCUGGGUCUUCGCAUGCAGGGGAUGUCUCAGGAAUUUAUGUGAAAAAUAUAAUACCAGGCAGUGCUGCAGAUCAUAAUGGCCAAAUUCAUGCCCAUGACAGGAUAGUUGCUGUGGAUGGAAUAGAUAUCCAGGGUUUUGCCAAUCAGGAUGUCAUUGAGGUGUUGCGCAAGGCAGGAGACACAGUGCACCUGACUCUAGUCCGACCCAAGGUGUCUUCCUCACCUCGCCCUCUUGACAGAUCUUUAGACGAAGCACCACCCAAAACACCAACCUUAUUUUUAACUGGAGCUGUGGAGACUGAAACAAAUUUAGAUGAUGAAGAUGAAAUGAAGCAAGAGAAAGCGGAUCAUUGGAAAGAUGAGGAUAAGCCAAAGCCGAUGCCACAGACUUUCGAUACAGUUCCUGGCUCCCUGGAAAAUAAGCUGAAAUCCAAGUGGGAAAACCUGUUGGGCCCCGAUUAUGAAGUAAUGGUUGUCAUUUUGGAUACACAGAUUGUCGAUGAUGCUGAGUUACAGAAGUUUUCAAAGCUGCUGCCGAUCCACACUCUGAGGCUGGGAGUGGAGCUGGACUCCUUUAAUGGGCACCACUACAUUUCUUCCAUCAUGCCUGAUGGGCCAGUGGCCCCACUCAACCUGCUGAAGCUGGAGGAUGAGCUGCUGGAGGUCAAUGGUGUUCAGCUCUCUGGAAAAUCCCGCAGAGAGGCAGUGUCUUUUCUCAAAGAAGUGCCACCCCCCUUCACUCUGGUCUGCUGCCGGCGGCUCUUUGAUGAUGAGGCCUUUGGGGAUGAGGCGAGUGUCACCGAUGUCGUCAUCAAUGAACCGAAGGUUAACCCCAGUGAAGAGGUUCACACUAAUGAUGAUGAAGAUGAUGGGGAAUUGGCCCUCUGGUCGACUGAGGUGAAGGAAAUUGAGUUAAUUAAAGGUGUCGAUGGCUUGGGAUUCAGCAUUUUGGACUAUCAGGACCCUUUAGACCCGGCUCGGACUGUGAUUGUGAUCCGCUCUCUGGUAGCCAAUAGUGAAGCAGAACGGGGUAGGCAGUUAUUGCCAGGGGACCGCCUGGUCUUUGUCAACAAUCGUUCCCUGGAGAACGUCACGCUCACCGAAGCUGUGGAAGUGCUGAAGUCUUUGCCCCCGGGAAGAGUGACCCUGGGCGUCUGCAAGCCUUUGGUGGUUGAAGGUAAUGAGGAGAAUACAUCAAAUGUCUUGCAACCAACUGCUUUUGAAGAAACGCCUACGCACUCAGGAUCCAUGGAGACAAUGGACUCGCCUCUGAUUCUGGAAGCCCCCUCGGAGUUCCGAGAUGAUUCCUUCCUUCAUGAAGAGGACUUGGAUGAGCCUUUCCUUGAUUUGGGAAGGACAUUCCAGGGACAGUCAAAAGAAAUCGACAGCCCUCAAGAGGCGUGGGAGAUGCAUGCUUUCCUGAAACCCAGAGCACCUGAAAUGGGAGAAGAGAGAGAGAUGCUUGUGGAUGAUGUGCAUGACUUCCAGGAUAUCUUCCAGAACAUAGAUUUAUAUUCUUCAUCAGUGGGCAAGAAGGAUCUUCCCCUCCCUCCAAGCCAGGAUUAUCACUUUGGCACCCAGUGGCUAAGUCAUCCAGGGACCUAUGAAGCUCACGAUCUGAGAUCCAUGAUGCACACGAGUUCCCAGGAGAUACCACAGAACAGAUACAACAGUGAAGUUAUGAUAAAUGAGAAUUUUGGCAAAGUUUCUUUGUCCUCCGUCUCCUCUGCUGAAGGCAACUUGUGCCAAGGCAUUUUUGAUGACCUUGAACACUCAGAAUCCAUCUCAGAUAGUGGCCUGGAUUUAGGUCUGAGGAUCACAAGCGAUUCAGAAGGCCCUGAAAUGCUGGUUGAUCUCCCUGCAGUGGCCCAGGAGAGUGAGCCGGCAGACGUAUCUGUCUAUCAGCUGCCCCAGAAGCGAGGACUGUCCAAGGCUGGGUCACUGCCAUCUAAAUAUGCCGCAGAGACAUGUGAUUUGCCAGAAAGAGAAGAAGGAGAAGGAGAAGAGACCCCAAACUUCAGUCACUGGGGUCCACCUCGAAUUGUGGAGGUCGUGCGAGAAGCCCACGAGUCUCUCGGAAUCAGUAUCGUGGGUGGGCAGAUGGUGAUCAAACGCCUGAAAAAUGGAGAAGAACUGAAAGGCAUCUUUAUCAAGCAGGUCCUAGAUGAAAGCCCAGCCGGAAGGACCAAGGCUCUUAAAACUGGAGACAAAAUCUUGGAGGUGUCCGGUGUUGAUUUGCAAAAUGCAACGCACCAAGAAGCUGUGGAAGCCAUCAAGAGUGCUGGAAAUCCAGUUGUUUUUGUUGUACAGAGCCUGUCGUCCACUCCCAGGGUAAUCCCUCCUGUGACUUCCAAGACCAGUCAUCCUUCCAAAACCCAGGACCAAGAAAAAGAAGAUAGAAACGAAAAGAGAAGGGGCGGGGCACCCCCUCCGAUGAAGCUGCCACCCCCUUACAGGGCCCCCGCAGAGGACAGCGACCCUGAUGAUGAGGACGAGGCCGACUUUACUGAUGAAAAAAUCAGGCAAAGGUAUGCAGAUCUGCCUGGAGAGCUGCAUAUUAUUGAGCUGGAGAAGGAAAAGAAUGGGCUUGGCCUCAGCCUUGCCGGGAACAAAGACCGGUCUCGGAUGAGCAUCUUCGUCGUGGGGAUUCACCCUGAUGGACCUGCUGGCCGCGAUGGGCGCAUGCACAUUGGUGACGAGCUUUUAGAGAUAAACAAUCAGAUAUUAUAUGGAAGAAGCCACCAAAAUGCAUCUGCCAUUAUUAAGACAGCCCCAACCAAGGUCAAGUUGGUUUUCAUAAGAAACGAGGAUGCCGUCCACCAGCUGGCCGUCACACCUUUUCCAUUACCAGUCAGCUCCCAGUCUUCUGUGGAGGAUCAGAGUGGUCCCGAAGCCACAAGUAAUGAAGAAGGAGCCAAUACUGAAGCCGAUCUAAAGCAAUUACCAGAGAGUGACCGUACCCAACUGGACGAGGCACCCCAGAUCGUCGGCCACAUCCUGGCAGCAGAUGAAGCCAAGGGUGGAGAGCCCCUUCCUGACAACACUGUCAGCCAGGUGAAACAACCCAAAUAUUCUACCAAAAAAGCCAUUGGUUCUGAGGAGACCUCUCUGGCCCCCUCCUCCUCGUACCGUUCCACGGACACAGAGCUCACAGGCUAUGGUGGUUUACAGGUGCCGUUGUCUGUGGACCCAGCUACAUGCCCUAUAGUCCCUGGCCAAGAAAUGAUCAUAGAAAUCUCCAAGGGACAUUCUGGCCUUGGUCUCAGCAUUGUGGGAGGAAAAGAUACUCCUCUGGAUGCUAUAGUUAUUCAUGAAGUAUAUGAAGAAGGAGCAGCAGCCAGAGAUGGAAGACUUUGGGCUGGUGACCAGAUUUUAGAGGUUAAUGGUAUUGAUCUGAGGAAUGCCAGCCAUGAGGAAGCUAUAACAGCCUUAAGGAAAACACCCCAGAAAGUGCGACUGGUUGUUUACAGGGAUGAAGCACAUUAUAAAGAUGAAGAAAACUUGGAGAUUUUCCCUGUCGACCUUCAGAAGAAAACGGGCCGAGGACUGGGCCUAAGCAUCGUUGGAAAACGAAAUGGAAGUGGAGUCUUUAUCUCUGACAUUGUGAAAGGAGGGGCUGCUGACCUGGAUGGCAGAUUGAUUCAGGGAGACCAGAUCUUGUCUGUGAAUGGAGAAGACAUGAGAAACGCUUCCCAGGAGACGGUGGCCACCAUCCUCAAGUGUGCUCAAGGCCUUGUGCAGCUGGAGAUCGGAAGAUUAAGAGCUGGUUCGUGGCUCUCUUCAAGGAAGACCUCUCAGAACAGCCAGAUGAGUCAACACAGUGUCCGCAGCAGCUUUCCUCCUUCCUUGGCUCCCGUUAUCACCAGCUUGCAAAACCUGGUUAGUACCAAGAGGCCCUCGGACUCUGCCCAGAGAAACUCAGGAACUGACAUGGGCCCAAGGACUGUAGAGAUCAUACGGGAGCUGAAUGACGCCCUGGGAAUCAGCAUAGCAGGGGGAAAGGGCAGCCCUCUUGGAGAUAUUCCCAUCUUUAUUGCCAUGAUUCAAGCUAGUGGAGUUGCAGCACGUACGCACAAACUCAAGGUUGGAGACCGGAUUGUCAGCAUUAAUGGGCAACCUCUGGAUGGACUGUCUCAUGCUGACGUUGUUAAUCUACUCAAGAAUGCUUACGGGCGCAUUAUUCUGCAGGUAGUAGCUGAUACUAAUAUCAGUGCUAUUGCAACUCAGCUGGAAAACAUGUCUGCCAGCUACCACCUUGGCUCCCCCUCCAGCGACCACCAUCCUGAAGACCCAGAAACUCCUCAGCCGAAGAUGAUCACUUUGGAGAAGGGCUCUGAUGGGCUGGGCUUCAGUAUCGUGGGGGGCUACGGAAGUCCCCAUGGUGAUCUGCCCAUCUACGUCAAGACCAUCUUUGCGAAGGGAGCAGCAGCAGAAGAUGGGAGACUGAAGCGUGGGGACCAGAUAUUGGCUGUUAAUGGCGAAGCCCUGGAAGGCGUCACUCAUGAGCAAGCUGUGGCCAUUCUAAAGCGACAAAGGGGAACUGUCACACUCACAGUGCUGUCCUGAGCUGCAGCUCAUUGUUUCAAAGUCAAUGAGGCAACUGCUGCUGUGGCCAAAGCUCUGUAUUAAGGCACGGUCCUGGCUGGGAUGAAAACCAAGCACCAAUUAACAGUAGUCCUCAGUCGAUCAUCAUCUCCUCUAUGCUCAGAAGAGACUUGUGGUUUCACCUACCUGUAGAAAUAAAUCAUCUCUGAACAUCAUUAUUUUCAUCACCAUCAUCAUCAUCUCCUCCUCUUCUCUUCUCUUCUCUUCUCUUCUCUUCUCUUCUCUUCUCUUCUCU